GAGGCGCAUGCGUAUAUCUCUUGGGUGCAGCCGUCACUGCUACUACUGCUGCCGCCUUCUCCGUCGCCGCUGCCGUAAGAGCAGUAGCGGCGCGAGCGUGAAGGGGAAAAGAGGCGAGUUGUCUCGCGCUCUGGGAAGCAAAGCAGUUGAACCGCCUGCCUCGCACGCGACCCCGCUUCGGCCGGCCGGCCGACCAAUCAACCAACCAAUCGCCUGCCCUCUGGCUUUUUUUUUUUUUUGGUUUUGUUUCUGUGUUUCUCUCUCUCUCUCCUCUUCAGUUUCUCUCUCUCUAGCCUCGGUCGGGAGCAGAACAAAAAUAUUUAAACCCCCUAGCCUCUGAAAAAUCCCGUAAAGAUGGUCGACCGCGAGCAGCUGGUGCAGAAAGCCCGGCUGGCAGAGCAAGCCGAGAGAUACGACGACAUGGCGGCUGCCAUGAAGAACGUGACAGAGCUGAAUGAGCCACUGUCCAAUGAAGAAAGAAACCUCUUGUCCGUAGCUUACAAGAAUGUAGUUGGGGCCCGACGCUCCUCUUGGCGAGUAAUUAGUAGCAUUGAGCAGAAGACUUCUGCUGAUGGCAAUGAGAAGAAAAUUGAGAUGGUGCGGGCUUAUCGUGAGAAGAUUGAGAAGGAGUUGGAAGCGGUGUGCCAGGAUGUACUCAGUCUCCUAGACAACUACCUGAUCAAGAACUGCAGCGAGACCCAAUAUGAGAGCAAAGUCUUCUACUUGAAGAUGAAAGGGGACUAUUAUCGCUAUCUUGCUGAGGUGGCCACAGGGGAGAAGAGAGCGACUGUGGUGGAAUCCUCUGAGAAGGCAUACAAUGAAGCUCAUGAGAUUAGCAAGGAACACAUGCAGCCAACUCACCCCAUCCGACUUGGCCUGGCCCUUAACUACUCUGUUUUCUACUAUGAGAUCCAGAAUGCCCCUGAACAGGCAUGCCACCUGGCCAAGACGGCUUUUGAUGAUGCCAUUGCUGAGCUGGACACCCUCAACGAGGAUUCCUACAAGGACUCAACGCUCAUCAUGCAGCUGCUCCGUGAUAACCUAACACUCUGGACAAGCGACCAGCAAGAUGAUGACGGUGGUGAAGGCAACAACUAGAACCUUUGGAUGGACUGGCAGCCGCACGCCGAUGCUACUACUGCAGUCUUUAUUUUUUUUCCCACAAGUGAAAAGUGGGGG